AUGCGAUCGCCACCAAGCCAAGAUGACGAUGAGACCACACAUCAGUAUUGCAAAGCAGUUUUUCAGGAAGAUAGUAACAAAGGCAUUGAAGGAGCUCCAAAUUUUUCUCGAAAAUUUCUUAUUACUUGUCAGUUUGAGGAUAUCCCCUUCAGAGAGCGUGAAAGCAGCUGCUGGCUCAAUCUUGUCAGUUUUGAUGCUGUCAUUGCCAAGGGCUUUCCGGUUCCGCAACGGCAAGAAGAGAAGGGAAUCGAAAUACCGCUUGCGGUAUUGGCUCAAAUGGCUGGAAUUCAGCACGCAGUUGAGUUCAUGGGUGGUUUCGUCAUGAAAGGCCCCACGUCAAUGCUGGUCCCUAUCAGCCGCAAUGCCGACAUUAUCCAAUGGCACCUGGUUUCGUCUCCAAAUCACCGACAAAGACUUUCUUACGCAGAAGGCGUAAGUCAGUGCAGGCAUCGUGCGCUGGUCGACCAAGUCAGCCUCGAGGCGUUGUACAGCAGUCGCGCUAUUGUUGGAUGGUGGAGACAGGCGAGAACGAGGCUAGGAGACGAAGAUGUUGAUUACGAAGGUAUCGACUACUCAACGGCAAAAGACUACGCCCCCGCUGUUAAGAUCUCCAAUAUUUCAGCCGGUUUCCAGCAAUUCGGUACCGCACAGAUAGAAUUUGUGCUCGGCCGAAAGGAUUUCCGAUUUCACAUGAAAUGGGCCGGCGCAUACGAAGAUAUGCUUAUUGCAGCAAAGAACAUGAGAAUCUUGCUCUACGACACUGGUGAAAAGAGGGCUUGGCUUGUAAGUGGUGACGAAGUUAUCCUACACAUCAUCAGGAAGCGAGGUUCCAUGAAGCCUUUCAUUGUGAACGGUGAAAAGGUCAGAAUACCAUGCGCAGACUCCGCAGAGCAAAGCUUGUUACGAAAUAGAAAGUUGGUGCUCAUAGACGAUGAUGAAAAGCCCGAGACAUUGCGAUCAAUGGCCUCCAGAUACUUCGACAUUUUAGAGUAUCUUUUAGCCCUAAAUGUGGAGAAGAGACAACAGCCACAGACACCUGUCGGUAUACCUUUCCAAGAUGAUCUGCUUGGUUAUGAGUUCAUGGCCGUCGUAGAUAGGCGCAUGACCGGACAUCUCAAGAAAUACACCCUCUCAAAGACGAGUGGCGGGUGGAUCAAGCUUGUGGAAGACAGCGAUGCUUUGGUCCUUCUCGCGAGUGGGUUCAAGGAUUUGAUCUGCCCAGCAGAGGAUGCCAACGGUCUAUGUCACACCUGGCGCACCUUACCAAAAGAGAAGGAUUACCUCGCCACCAAAAGGUACAAGUUUGUUCGAAUCCUGCGCAGAACCCAAGUCUUUCCAGUGUUCCUGUGA